AUGAUUCCCGUCACAAUCGACCAUCUCCCCUUCGUCCUCAUAGCCCUCGGUGUCCUGCUGGCCACAUACCUGCUCAGCUUGUGCACCUACAGGUUGUAUUUCUCACCGGUCGCACAUAUUCCCGGCCCAUCACUAGCCAGGAUCACCUAUUGGUAUGAAUUCUACUACGACGUCCUGCUGAAGGGACAAUACACGUUCAAGAUCAAAAGGCUGCACGACCAAUACGGCCCUAUCAUCCGCAUCAAUCCACACGAAGUCCACAUCCGGGACCCCGAUUUCUACGAGGUCGUCUACGCGGAUGACUCGCGCUGCAAGCGGGAUAAAUGGUCAUGGUCAUGUCGACAGCAUGGUCUCCCACUCUCGACUCUCGCAACGGUGGGCCACAACCAUCAUCGUCUCCGGCGGGGUGCGCUGGAUCCGUUCUUCUCAAAGGCCAGAGUACAAAGCCUCCAGCCGGUCCUCGAGGAUGUCGCCCGAAAACUACUCGCUCGGUUUGAGGAGUUUCAGAUGCUCGGGGAUCCGCUUCCGAUAUCUCUGGCGUUUGCGACUUUGACCAACGUAGAUAUCGCAGAGCAGUACGUCCUGGGCCGGAACGACAAGCGGGCGCUGGCGAGAGAUUUCGAUCCCAGCUUCUACGAGGCGUCCCUCACCAGCAGCACAACGGGCUACCUGACGAAGCAUUUCCCUUUCAUCACCAAGCUCACGCAACUCGUGCCAGAUAAUCUUACGAUACUGAUGAAACCGGCCACGGCGUCAUACGUCAAACUCCGGCGGGAUAUCAAACAUCAGAUCGAACAGAUCGUCCGCACAGAGCACCGUGGCGAUGAUAAUGCUAAGAGCGAUACGUCCAAGCCGUCAUCCCACCAGCACACCCUGAUCCAUGAGAUCCUGCGCAGCGAUCUUUCAUACGCAGAGAAAUCGCCCGCCCGAGUAUAUCAGGACGUCCAAGCAACCGUCACGGCUGGCACGUUGGCAACGGCGUCCGCCCUCUCCUACACGCUUUUCUCCCUGCUCUCGCACCCACGGCUUCUCCAGCGUCUCAGGACAGAACUGCAUGCCGCGAUGCCGAAUCCUACAGUAUUACCGUCCCUCGCUGUGCUGGAGCAGCUCCCUUUCUUGACAGCCUGCAUCAAAGAGGGCCUGCGCCUCAGCAUUGGCGCGAGUUCGCGCCUUCAGCGCAUCGACCCUGUCAACCCGAUCGUCUUCACGGCGGACAGGACGGAAGGUAAGUCAUGCACCUACGUCCUCCCGGCGGGGACUCCCCUCUCCAUGACGGGUCUGCUGGUGCAUUUCGACAGGGAUACAUUUCCCAAUCCAGGUGCCUUCGAUCCAGAUCGCUGGCUUGGCUCGUCCACUCCGGACAGGUAUCUCGUCGCAUUCUCCAAGGGGACAAGACAGUGCGUGGGCAUCCACCUGGCGUACGCGGAGAUGUAUAUCGCACUCGCCCUGAUAUUUAGAAUCUACGGCUGCAGCGAGGUAAGAAUGAAGGGCGACCGUGGAUAUUUGGAGCUGUUUGAGACGGAGGCGGCUAGCGAUGGCGAUGGCAAUAUCGACAUCGUAGACGCGGGCGGUAUUUCUUCAGCUCACCAGAAGCGAAGCAGGGAUAUUCGAAUCAAAGUCGGGCGCUGA